GUGCGAUAUACUGCUAUGCCUUCGACACCGCCCUCGAGUUUUGUAAACAUACCCUUAACACCGCCACCAACCAACGAGAAGCCGGAUACGCAAGCUGACCGGGUCAUUACACUCUUCCGAGAAAUACAAGCAGGAAAGCAUAGCAAUCAAGACCCGUGGACCGAGAUUCAGCUUAAGCCAGGGGACAUUGAUAAGUUGGAGCGUCUCCUUAAGCAAAACGAGGAGCUGCAAGGGUUUGUGAAAGACAAGAUACGGUAUGAUUACGACGCGGAAAAGCACCAACUUGUUAUUCGCAUGCCUACAGCCGUGCAUGAAUUGUUUAUUGCCCGUAUUGAGGAUUCUGUGCUCAGCCAACUGAAAAUAAUUCGUGAGGGAUCUGACGACGCGGCGGCUUUCGCCCAGAAGGUCAACGCUGCUCGAUCUACCGAGAUACGUUUUCCAGCUACAGAUGAUUCCUCUGGCAACAGAUCGAAACAUGAACCAGACGCAUCUUUCUGGCACGACAAAGCGCAAUACCCUGGGGUUAUCAUUGAAGUGGCAUAUUCGCAGAAGAAAACCAGACUACACCGGCUGGCUGAAAAGUAUCUCCUGGACUCAGAUGCGAGUGUGCAAGUUGUUGUGGGUUUCGACAUCAGGUAUGGAGUGAAGGAGUCGCUUGAAGCAACCUUGUCGGUGUGGCGACCUCAAUUCCACCAAACCAACGACGGCGUUGAACUACGAGUAGUCGAGGAAGUUGCAGAUGAGGCAUUUCGUGACGAGCAGGGAAACCAUACUAAUCACCCAGGCCUACGGCUCCAACUGUCCGACUUUGCGUGCGAGGAACUUACAAAGGAUGUGGAGGGAAGGAGGGAGAUUAUAGUGUCUACUCCAGAGCUUUGUAAAUAUCUCUCUGCGGCGGAAAGCAAAAUGUGCCAGGGAGCAUCACUUGUGCGACAUUCAAUACCUGCGGGGGUCCAAAAGCGCAAACGAUCUGAAACACCGCCAGAAGUGAUUGGUUCUGGUGAUGAAGCAAGAUACGUUCAGGAAGUGGAGAGGGAGGCGAAGCGGGCAGCAGUGGAUGACCCGGAUUAUAAAAAUACGUCAAGCAGCAGCUUUUCAGAAUAGAAGACAGGAUGAUUAUCG